GACAGCUGGAAGCAAUCGGAGGGCCUUCCUGGCCGGAGGGUUUAAAGAGCGCCUCUGGAGGGACCACUCAGCUGGAACGACUGAUCGGUGCCAGGCCAGGUGUACGCGUCCGUCGGUCCUUCCGUGCCCGUGCCGGAGACCAGCCCCGGAGGCCGCCCGGGCCCGUCCCUGUGCCCGGCACCAUGAAGCAGGAGUCCGCAGACCAGAGCACCCCGCCUCCUUCACUGUCCCCUGCACCAUCCGCGCAACCUUCCUGGGAGGAUGGAGACCCCCAAGCCCUGUGGAUUUUCGGGUACGGCUCCCUAGUGUGGAAGCCGGAUUUUGCCUACAGUGACAGCCGUGUGGGCUUCGUACGUGGCUAUAGCCGACGGUUCUGGCAGGGAGACACCUUCCAUAGGGGCAGCGACAAGAUGCCUGGCCGAGUGGUGACCCUCCUUGAAGAUCAUGAGGGCUGCACUUGGGGUGUGGCAUACCAAGUUCGAGGGGAACAGGUGGGCGAGGCCCUGAAGUACCUGAACGUGAGGGAAGCCGUGCUCGGCGGCUAUGACACUAAGGAAGUCACCUUUUACCCUCAAGACGCCCCCGACCAACCCCUCACGGCACUGGCCUAUGUGGCCACCCCACAGAACCCUGGCUACCUGGGCCCUGCUCCCGAAGAGGUCAUUGCCACACAGAUCCUUGCCUGCCGAGGCUUCUCUGGCCACAACCUUGAGUACUUACUGCGUCUGGCAGACUUCAUGCAGCUCUGUGGACCCCAGGCACAAGAUGAGCAUCUGGAAGCCAUUGUGGACGCCGUGGGAACCCUGCUGCCCUGCUCUUACCUCCCCGGGCAGCCUCUGGCACUGACCUGAGGAGCCGAGCUCCUGCAAGGAGUGUCCGCGUGGGUACUGGUGGACCUUAGCAUGCAGUACUUGUGGUGGACUUGAUGAAGCAAGAGAAAGUUGAGGAGGCAUGGCAGGUGGCUGGGGGACUUUGUCAUGCCUCUGCCUGUCUGCUAGCCUCCAACUCUUCCUUCAUUAACCCCUGACUUAUUACUUGAAACUUUAUUUAUUGCACCAUGUUGGUGUGGUGGGCAGGGCAGGUGGGGGACCUGCCCUGGCUGUGGGCCCUGCUGUGCGGUGGCUUUGCCCUAGUCCUCUGGUACCUAACCAGAAUCCCCCUCAUUGCUGCUGCUAAUUCCACACCACCCAGGCCUCCACAGCCCCAGGGAGCCUCCAAGAGCCUUGAUCCUCUGUCCACCCGGACCACGCCAACCCUGGUAAUAUCUCCUGCCCGUGUCCUUCUGGAUGAGGGAGAACAGAGGAGGCGGCGAAGUAGCUCUCCAAGGACCAAGGUCCAGCAUCCGUCUUCAUGGUCAGGGCCCAGGACAGAGCUGAAUCCUAGGCACAGACAUGCCUCCUGGAACUGGGCCACUCUCCCAUGCUCCCCUUUUCAUUUCCUCAUCCUUCUGUCUGUCUGCUUGUUUGUCUGGAUCACUUCCUAUAGACCCACUGGUCUGUCCCUGGAAAACAUCACUACAGGUCCUUGUCCGCUCUCGGUUGACCUAUGCUGCUACCCAUAAACUAUCUCUAAUUACCUUUGCCAGGAUAUGGUUUGUCUCUGUACGGGGCUGGGGUAAGUGAAACCUUGCAAAGGCUCCCCACCCUUGUUUACCCCUGCCUGGCCCUACAUGUUGCUUCUCAUACCCUGGCUCCUGGGGACACAUCACCACUCCCACAUCUCAGGAGUUUCUCCACAGGGAGUCAAUGGACCCCCUAGAGCCACUUCUAGCUGGUCACCUUAACGGCCAGACAGUCUGAGUCAGGACUAGCCCCUCCCCUUGCUGCUCAGUGCCAGGGAAGGAGGCUCUUUCCUCUCUUCCACCUUCUCUCAGUACCUAGGCAGUGAGGGCAGGACCCACUGCUGCCUGGGCGCAUUCUAGGGUUUGAUAUACACAUAGAAUACCCAGAGCUCCACCCGCGAACCUGUGAGUGGCAGCUCGUCCCUGCUCUGGUCCUGUGCCUCAUUCCUGCGAGCUGUUCCAGGAAGCCUGGUCUGCUUGGAGCUUGGAGUAGGCUUAACCUCCAUCUUUAGGGCCAGCCACUGUCUUUUUCUGAAGGCCAGUUCAGAUCAUGGCCUCUUACUGAAGGAGCACUUGGGUUGGGAUAUGACAAUGACAACUUCUUAGGCAAUGCCAAUCAAAGGGUCCUGUGGCCUGGAAUUGAUGUUCCUUUUAUUCCCAGAGUUUCAGAGGGAUGUAGUGUUGGCUGGCCCUUCUGAUCUGACCUAUCAGGUCACCCACAGUGGUCCCUUUCCCCUUCCCUUGUUUACCCCUGCAUGUCCCUAGAUGUUGCUUCUCAUACCCUGGCUCCUGGGGACACAUCACCAUUCCCAGAUCUCAGCCUGACCAGUUUCUCCAUAGGGACUGAACGGACCCUUAGAGCCGCUCCUAGCUGAUCACCUUCAGAGCAGCAGAGUCUGAGUUGGGGCUAGCCCCUCCCCUUACUGCUCAGUGCCAGGGAAGGAAGCUCUCAGAAUUGCCCUAAGUGGUCUCUUUAGAGGAUGCUGGGUAAGGAUGGUGGAUGGGACAGGUUGGGUCUUCAUACUGCCACUGCUUUUGUGGGCAGGGCCCGGAAGGGUGUGGAUGUCUCCAUCAGGGUCAUCUCUGACCAGCUGGGCAGGCAGUGUGCCUGGGAAGAGUGCCACGCUGCCUAGUGUCGCCUGUGUUUUGACGGCCUCGUGUCUUGGCUGUUGAUGGGAAACAUGUGGUUCUUCUGGGAACCUGGUCAGGACAACACAACAGGGCCAGUUGGUGUCAAGGAGCCUUUGGCAGCCAUGCCCUGGGCCCCAUGGGGCAAAUCAGGACCCAGCAGUGUCUGCUCUGGAUUGGAAGGCAGCAAGAUAAGGUGGAAGAGUCUGCUUGACAGCGCACACGGGUCACCGGUCUGUUCGGUUGUGGUAGUGGAGAUUGGGACUACGCUCUGUGGCUCUUACUGAUACUAGACAAGUGUUCUACCACUGUACCACAUUCUCAGAGACUCUUGACCUUUUUAAAAAAUUAUUUACUUU